ACUUCUUCAAACCCUUUAAGCAUCUCUCUCUCUCUCUCUCUCUCUCUCUCUCUCUCUCUCUUACACGAUCACAACCAGAGAUUAAUGGGCUUUCUCUCUGUCUCCGUGAAGAUGCCAUGCUUUGGCAUCAAGUUCUUGGUAGCCUCUAUAUAUUACUUCAAGACUGUGUUCAUUGUGGCCCUCACUCAUCUGCGUCUGCUCAAGCCACCUCAACAAGCUUAUACUAGGGAGGAGGAGGCCAACGAUUAUGUUCUUGUAAUCAAUAGGCUGUGCCCCAUACCAGUUUCAGUCCCUAUUGAUGUUCUAACAGCCCUUGUUAAGAAGAGACUUGUAGUCAGAAAAUUUAGCAGUAUCCUCUCAAGACUGGGGAAGGAUGAAGAUGAAGUGUGCAUGUGCCCUGUCUGCUUAGAUUCCAUAAACAAAACCCAUGAAAUCAGAGAGCUUUGCAACUGUGCUCAUGUGUUUCAUAAAGAGUGCCUGGAUACUUGGGUAGAUGAGGGACAGGUUACCUGCCCCUUGUGUAGAUCCAUGCUCUUUCCUGAUAACAUUUUGACUGCCACGGCUGAAGAUCCAUGGAUUACGCAGAGGAAUGCUCUAUUUUCUGAUGACUCUGCCAUCUCUUCCACCAAGUAGAAGCAUAGGACUGAUGUGGUAGCAACUCGGAAUCAUCUCCACCUCUAAUGUAAAUAAUUUUUUCUUGGAUCUAAAUAUAUUUGCCUUAAUAGCCA